AUGAAAUGGAUUUCGGGAGAUGGUGAAGGAGAAGAUGAAAUUCACACGAUUGUGUUUAAGGAAUCAGUGGAGGAGAUCACAUACUCUGCUUUGGUUGAGCGUAUUUGCAGAAAGAUAAAGGUAGAUGGAUAUAAGGUGGAAACGAAGAUUAGUUACUUUCCAAUGGUCUUGUAUUCAAACAAGCUAUCAUAUGUCUGGAAUGAUGAAGAUGUUUUUGGUUAUCUACUGCAAGUAAAUCAUGAGAAGUGUAGAAGUGUUCUACAUGUGGAGUUCAACAAAACGGUUCAAGAAGAGGAUGAUGAAGCUGAUGUCUAUGUCGGUCUAUCCGAUAGAGAGGCUACUGAUGGAGAGGCUACUGAUACAUGGGCUACUGAUAGAGAGGCUUGUGAAGCAGAUGGUGUGCUCACACUUUACGAUGACAUUGAAAUUCAUGGUAAUGUCACCGAAAGAGAUGCGAUUGUGAUUGAAGAUACAGAAGCAAGACCAUCAGUUGAAGUAACCCCAGCUGUCAAGGAACGGGAUGAUGGUAUGGAUUUGGCUUCGGACACUAAGAGAUAUGUGAUAAAAUGCCGAGCAGCCAAAGAAGGCUGCAAGUGGUAUGUGCGUGUUGCAAAGUUGAUGAAUUCAGAUAGUUGGACGGUUAGAAGUUACAUCAAACAGCAUAGAUGUUCUGUUGUUACUACAAGAACACUUCCUAAUAGAAGGAGAGGCACACCAGGAAUCGUUGCAGCUGUUUUGGCUCAAGAUUAUCCCGGUAGUUUAGACACACCAGCUCCCAACGCCUUGAUCCAGCUGGUUCAUCACAGGGUGGCUGUGAAAGUAUCAUACACAACGUCAUGGAGAGGAAAAAGAUUAGCUGCUAAUAAAGUGCGAGGAAGUCCAGAAGAGAGUUAUACUUUAUUAAAUUCUUAUAUGCACAUGCUGAAGCAGUCGAAUCCUGGCACAGUAGCUCGAGUGGUUGUGGAUGAGGCCCAAAAGUUUAAAUAUCUGUUUUUUGCUUUGGGAGCUAGCAUAGAAGGGUUUACCGCUAUGAGGAAAGUCCUCAUUGUCGAUGCAACACACCUGAAGAAUGUUUAUGGUGGAGUUCUAUUUGUUGCGACUGCUCAAGAUCCCGAUCAUCACCACUAUCCAAUUGCGUUUGGUAUUGCAGAUGGUGAGAAAGAGCAUAGUUGGGUGUGGUUUAUGGAACAGUUGAAAUCAGUGAUAUCUGAUGUUCCUGGAUUGGUGUUUCUUUCAGAUAGAAACAAAAGCUUGAUCAAGGCAGUAAGUCUAGUGUUCCCUCAGGCCGCUCAUGGUUAUUGUAUAUGGCAUUUGGCUCAGAAUGUUAAAGUACAUGUCCGUAACAACAGAGAAACUUGCACGUUUAAGUUUAUGGGCUGCGCACACGCUUAUACAGAGGCUGAGUUCUUGAACCUUUAUAAUGCUUUUCGCAUGAGGUAUCCUAGCGCAGCGGAGUAUCUUGACAAAAGUGUUGAAGAGAGGAAAUGGGCGAGAUGUUACUUUGAAGGAGAUAGGUACAAUGUUGACACCACCAAUUCAGUGGAAUCUUUUAAUGGUGUUAUUAGUGACGCGAGAAAGUUAAACAUACUACCAAUGUGUGAUUUCAUCAUCGGGAAAAUGGCUGAAUGGUUCAACAUACAUAGGAAGGAGGCAGCUGAAAUACCACCCGCACUAAAGCUUGUUCCUAUUGUGGAAGCGGAAAUGUCUAAAAGAUGUGUUGAUGCAGGGUUUCUUUCCGUUGUCGAGUUAAACAGCUUCCAUCUUGAGUACAGUGUCUCAGGAAGUGACGGGAAGCAUUAUACCGUUGAUAUGGCUAUGAUGACUUGUAGCUGUGAGCAAUUUGAUAAAGACAAAUACCCAUGUGUCCAUGCAGUAGCUGCUGCCACAUUCAUGACUGAUAAAGCGGGAAAGGAACUUCAUCUAUCUGAGUAUUGUUCUAAGUACUAUUUAGUGGAGCAAUGGGCUUUGGCUUAUCACAGGACAAUAUAUCCUGUUCCUCAUAUGUCUGAUUGGAUUAUACCUGAAGAAGUUAAAGCAAUGAAAGUGCUUCCUCCAGAUUAUGAAGUCAAAAAAGGAAAACCGCAGCAAACUCGAUUUCCAUCGGCAGGAGAAUCUCGUGGAAGAGGAAAAAGAGGCAAAGGGAGAGCCAGCGGCACAGGUAGAGCCAGCAGCACAGGCACCGCUAACGGCACAGGCAGUACCAGUGGCGCUGGCAGUUCCAGCGGCACAGGCAGAGCGAGAGGAGGAGGUAUGGGAGCGUAUUUUGAAUGUGGAAUUGGUGCAGGUCCAGGUGUUUGA